CUGCGAUUUCUCGCGAUGUUUGGCCCUGCAAAGGGUGGCCAUUUUGGAGUCCACCCGGCGGCUGGCUGCCCCGGCGGCGUUUGCCAACCCGCUGCCGGGACCAAAGCUGGCCCCACGGGUGUCUGGCCUGCGGGCAGCCGGACCGACACGAUGUGGCGGCUCCGCUGCAAGGCCAAGGACGGCACCCAUGUUUUGCAGGGGUUGUCCAGCCGGACCCGAGUGCGGGAACUCCAGGGCCAAAUUGCCGCCAUCACCGGCAUCGCCCCCGGCUGUCAGCGAAUCCUCGUAGGAUACCCGCCCGAAUGCCUGGAUCUCAGCAACGAGGAUACCAUUCUUGGGGAUUUGCCCAUCCAGUCAGGCGACAUGCUGAUCGUUGAAGAAGACCAAACCAGGCCCAAAACUUCACCUGCAUUUACAAAACAUGGUGCUCCUAGUUAUGUCAGGGAAACUUUGCCCGUGCUUAGCAGAACUGUGGUCCCGGCAGACAACUCUUGCCUCUUUACCAGUGUAUACUAUGUUGUAGAAGGAGGAGUCUUGAAUCCAGCUUGCGCCCCUGAGAUGAGACGCCUCAUAGCACAAAUUGUAGCAAGUGAUCCAGACUUUUAUAGUGAGGCAAUACUGGGAAAAACAAAUCAAGAGUACUGUGACUGGAUCAAAAGGGAUGACACUUGGGGAGGAGCUAUUGAGAUAUCAAUUUUGUCUAAAUUUUACCAGUGCGAAAUCUGUGUGGUGGAUACACAGACAGUAAGAAUUGAUCGUUUUGGAGAAGAUGCAGGAUAUACCAAAAGGGUCCUGCUUAUUUACGAUGGCAUCCACUAUGACCCACUUCAGCGUGUCUUCCCUGACCCAGACACCCCGCCUCUGACCAUUUUCUCCUCUAACGAUGAUAUUGUUCUUGUACAAGCACUGGAAUUAGCAGACGAAGCUAGAAGAAAGAGACAGUUCACUGACGUAAACCGCUUCACCCUGAGAUGCAUGGUGUGUCAGAAGGGAUUAGUCGGACAAGCAGAAGCAAGGGACCAUGCCAAGGAGACAGGCCAUACCAACUUUGGAGAAGUGUGAUCUAUGCAUGAUGAGGACUGCCGCCUACUACCUCACAGAUCCAGAAGGCUCUGGGUUUUCCAAUAAGCUAUUCGUAACCCUAAAGAACAAAGGAACACAAUGUUCGAACCAUCUUUUUUAACUUAAAACCACUAAGACCCUGAAAUUCCUUGUCAAGAUUAAAAAUGAGUGUGCAAGUUUACAGAUGUGUGUCUCCAGUGGUGAUACAUGCCCUUUUUCUGCUGGGGUGACAGACCAGGUGGUCCUUGCCACUUACUGACACUCACCGGAAGAUUGAGUCCUAGUAUUAUAAGCUAGCACCCAGCAGCUUUAACUUGUAGAAGAAAACAACUGCGUAUGUUGGGUAAUGCGGAAGGCCUCACGCGAGGCCACUGGACAUCGACCACAGUGUCUCCAUAAUUGAGUCCUUUUAAAAACUCUGGAGUAAUAAUUUUCUAAAUUGUGCAUCGAUUCCUCAAAUGAAGAUACACAGAGUUGUCAAAACUGAUUUUAUAUUGCAAUUUGGUAGACUUUAUAAAUGUGUACUUAACCAGUUAUAAGUACAUUACAAGCAAUUUUUACAGGGAUGAGUCUGUUCCUUGAGAAUGUUACCUAAGGAACUGAUAGUACCCAAUUUAGGAUUUCUAGUGUAUAAAAGGAGAAUGUAUGAGGGAACAGGUGCCUGAGCAGCUUACUAAAGCUUUAAAAGACCGUUGGCCUCGUGUUUUAAUGCAACUCAUUUAUUGAUGUUUGUCACAUUGGAUAAGAAUUUUUAAUUAAGCAGGGUAUUUAUUUGUAAUUGAAGUUUCUUGUAUUUUGAGUGCUUGAUUUUUUUUUUUUUUUUAAUGAUUUAUCUGGAGGGAUUCACUCUCCUCAGCUUUUUCUCCAACUCCUAAACAGUCUUCAUCUAAAGGGAUAAUGCUGUGCUUUGAUUUGAUUUUUGUGAGAUCUUUUCUUACCUACACAGUACUUACUUUCAUGCGAGCCUUAUCUGACCACUAAUGCUCUUUUGAAUAAUUUCACAUUUCUGCAAAUUAGCACUUUGCUUAUCUACUAUCUUUUACUUUGACUUUUGAAGAGUUUUAAAGUAGCGGGGAUAGUAAUGUUGAAUGAAUUUGUUUCACUUCCAAAAUAUGACCGUUUUUAAAUCCUUGCCUUAUUCAGCUUUUCUCGGAAUUCUGCUUCCUAAUAUUAGAUGUGUACUCUUUUGCUUGGUGGGCUGACCUGCGAGGCACACCCUCUAAAAUUAGCUUCACCAUGAGAUCUUCCAGAUAAAAGUUUCCUACCUCUUUUCUUAAUUCUUCUGAAGAUCAGGGAUGCUAAAUUAUAAUUUGUUAUGUAUUAUCUCACAAAAUGUGAAGAGGUUUGAUGUUGUGACGCCUUGUUAUCUUGGUCUCCUUUUUGAUGAAGUAUCUCACUUAGAAUACCAAUGGAAUAUUUUAAAGCACUUCUGUCUCUUUCAGCUUCUCUUCUUGGCAAAUGUUUUAAAAUUGAGAUUUACUUUUAGCACUUCACUUGGUGGAGGUGGCCAUAUAAAAUUAGGAACAUGGAAACAAUUCAGUGGACAAGUUCCUUUAAGAAUUCACAAAGUAUGCUUGAAAUCAUUAGGUGACCUUUCUUGAGUACCUUGUUUGUGAAUAACUACUUUAGGCAUUGUAAAUUAUGGUCAGUAUAACUUAAAUUAAGUGUUGAAUUUUCUAUUUUACUGAGCCUUAAAAUAGCACUUGUGAGCUUGAGAUACUUAAUGUUUGGCAAUCAUACUACGUACAAAUGAAUAUGUUUGAAGAUCUCUUUGCACCUGGCUGUCAUCUUGGUCGAAAGAUUUUUGUAUCUCUCCUUUCCCCAGAAAAUAAGUUUAAAACUAGAAGUUGCGAGAAUACCCACUGGGUAGCAUCCAUCAAAUUGAGCUUUACACAUCACCAUUCAUAAAGCUUGCCUUAGGUACUUCAGAAGCCAAAUUUGACAUUUGCUUACUGGGAUUUUAGAGAAGUUUAUUCAUGCAAUAAAUAUUUAUUGAGUAAUUUAUAAUAUCCCAGGCAUGUAUUGAUAUGUGUCUCAGCAUAAAAUUUUGUCACUUUAAGAUGGAGUGUAUCUUAUCUGUGUUGGAUUAACUUAACAAAUAGAAAGAGAUAGAACCUGAUAGUUCAUAAAAUUAAACCCCUUCAUUUUUAAGUGUUUUUGUUUGCAUAUUUAAGCUCAUGCUUUUAUACAAAGCAAGUGUCAAGUAUUUAUUCCGGGGAUCUUACUCUAUUUUACCUGUUACAUAGGUUGUCCAUUCACCACUGGACACUGAUCACUCUGUCAAAUUGCUCUCAAUAAUGAGUUAUAAAUUAACCAGUUGCUGAAAUUCAGCACUAGGACUUGAAUGUUCUGAUCAUGGAAAAUCCAAGAUGAUGCAUUAUUUGCGGGCAGUUUGUUUUAGUUAUGGAGGAGUAAAAACCCAAACUUGUGCUCAUUCUAAACUCAAGCUUGUAAACCUCACAGAAUUUAAAGUUGUUUUUUUGGUUUUUUGUUGUUUGUUUGUUUUUUUUAACUGCACUUAUUGAACUCUUAAAAUCAGUUUUGGGUGUUGUUGUUUUUUUACUGUUUUAUUUAUUUUUGAGAGAGGGAGACAGGAUCUGAAGCGGGCUCCACGCUGACAUUCGUGUGUCCGAUGUGGGGCUUGAACUCUUGAACCGCGAGAUCAUGACCUGAGCCAAAGUUGGACGCUCCACCAACUGAGCCACCCAGGUGCUCCUUGAAAUUAGUUUAUAAAUGUGUAUAAAUUCUAAUCUUCAGAAUUUUGAAAACCUAUGGGUUUUAGUACUUGCAACAGGAUCAAAAGAAACUUUCUCUUCAAUUUGUACGUGAGCAGAAUGAAACCCUUCUUCCUAUUGAUUCAGUUUUUGACUGCCAUUCAAGAAUAUCUUUUUAAUUAAAAUGAGGAUAGUUUACGUUCAUGGCUGAAUGAAUGAGGACUGUGCUUUCCUGUCCCCCACCCCUUUCUCUUCUUUGGAUUCUCCCUUAUUCUUCUUUGGAUUUAGAGAUUCGGUGUGGGAGCAUGAAGAUGCACUUCUGGAUAGAGUGAUUUCAGAAAUUAAAAUGAAUACCCCUAGGGAUUUGGGGAUGGGAUAGCCAUAGAAAGACAUCAGGGUGGCACAUCUUGUGUUAAUCAUUUCUAGUUGAUUUCUUAUUUCCCAGGAAUGAAAAAUGGGCACAGUCGAGUGGUACCCUUGAAAGUUUGGCUGCUGGUCAGCGUGACCCUUUUGACAAAACUAAUUUAAUCAUGCCAGUUGAUUACUCCACGCUCAAGUCCCAGCAAAGUCAUAAUCAGGAAUGCAUUAAUGUAUUGUCUCUCUAUAAAUGCCCCUAAGUGCCCACGCCUAAUUUACUUAUCCAGCAUAUUCUUUCUAUCCUACGUAGGCAUUAAUUAAAACAUGUAUGUUGCAAGUUGCCAUAACUAAACGCAGUUUUUUGUCUUUUUUUUCUUUUUAAUUAGAAUGGGGAGUAUGUAAAAUGAGAGUAAUUUUUGUUCUUUAUGGAUCAGGUGGCCUUCCUAAACUUUCAUAUGUUAAGAUUUAUGUUCUUUCAUGUGUUGAGACACACUUGUUAUUAUUUGCAGCACUUUAAAAGAUAGGAAGUAAAAGUUUACAUGUUAGCCCUCUCCAGGGUUCUUGUUAAAGACAUUAAAAUAUAAUUCUUGAGCUGCUGACGGUCAGCUCUUAAUCAGCAUUGCCAUCAGUGUAUGCUGUAUCCAUCCAGUGGUACAGCAUUCUGGUGUUUUGAUAACAGUGCAACUUGAUGUCCGUCACUUGGGAGCAUGCUGUGUGGCCUAGCAUUCAGAAAGUUACCUGUUUCUAUAAUGUGAUUGUUCUUUAUCAUUCAUUGUACGGUGCAGUAUUCAAAUUUAUCCUUGUAGCACAAAGAGGACUAUACCAACUUAGAAAAGAUUAGAAUCUUAAAACUCUUCAUUUGUUGCUAAGCAAACUUAUUUUAUGGGAGCUGAUUUUUUAGCCUUAAAUGUAUCAUUUUUAAGUCUAAAGUGAAACACUUCAUUUGAGUAAGCUGGUUCAUUAACCAGAGAUGUUUCCAGGUUAAGAGUUACAAUAUUUCAACACAUGUAAUUCGUCUUAGAAAGAUUAUAAAAGUUGCCUGAUUGUGGGAAUGGGUUUUAUUUAUUUUUUUUCUUUUCCAAAAAUUAGCUGGCAUUUUGUUUACAGUGCUUUGAAUAUUUGACUUUGAAGAAACUACAUUGAUAUUGAAUUGUGGGGUGCUGAUUUAGGUAGGUCUUGGUCCAUAUGAAUUUAAAAGAGAUUGCUAUUUUAGAUUAAAAAGAAAGGGGGAUAAAGUACCACUUAUCACAGAAGAGAUCCCCAAGUGAAUCCUUUCCUUAGUUGUGAAUUACGCUUUUUGAAAAAAUUUUCAAGCAAUGCCUUUGUGUCAUCCCAACUCUCCUCACCCAUUUCUUGGCAUAGAAUGUAGCAGGGCCAUAACUGAGAAGUUUGUCAUUAAUGUAUAAAACCAUGAAUAUGAGCAUUUUGCUAUGCUGCCUUUUUAUACUUGUUUUUUAAAAAUAUCCUACAUGUAGUAGUUUAGGGAUGUGAAGAUACGAUUUGGUUAAGUAGUAGGUAACAGGUUAACCUAAGAAAGGUUUAGAAUUUCUACUAAGAUUACAUGAGACUGACUUUAUACAUGGUAUAGGAUCUGUAGUUCGUUGUCGCCCAUAAGUGACUGAAAAGGACCAGGGCACCUAAUUCUUGGCAGUUUUCCAGUUCACCUUGGUGCCAUUCAUGACUCAAGCUGUUUACAAGCUGUUUAGCAAAGAGUAAUUUUUUUCCCCAUUACAGAAGUAUUGAAUUCAGCUGAAAAUGCGGAAUCAACACGUAUAGCUUGUCAAAAGGGAUAGAGAAUGAUAAUAGUCCUGUAUUUCCUGUAUUAAUGGAGUAGAGGUGGAGAUUCCUGAAGCAAGAAGGAAACCACAAGAUUGUCAAAUUUAGAGCUUAGAACAUGACUUGAAAAAAGUAGCAGGAAAGGGCAAACAGAAGAGUUUGUUUCUUGGCAUAUUUUUGUUCAUUAAGAUGGACAGUGUUUUCUUAAAAAUGUUCUUUUGUCUGUUUGCCAGCAUUUUUUUUUUUUAAGUUAAUGCACUGCUGCUACCUGGGAGAUGUCUGAUUUCAUUUUGUACAACUCUUAUGUGAUUUUGCCAUUGUCAUUAAGAUGAAUUGAUUUUAUUUAUGAGGUCCAUGAUUUUAAGUAUCUAAAUGCUGUAUGAAGUGACUUGUUUUGAAGGAAUAAAUGAACUGAAAAUAU